GUUUUGUCCAUUGAUUCGCACCGCCCUGUACAUGAUACAGGUGUAACAUUGUGCUCCAGAAGACUUCAAUUCUUUGGGGGCAGCUUUCGAAUUCCUGACAUUUCACCCUACAUCGCUACCUACUACCAAGGGAGGCGGGAUGGCAAAGGUGAAAAAGAAGCCAUGUGAAUGGUUGCCAGCCCGUUACGUCCUGACCGCCAUGUUUUUCCUGGGGAUGAUGAACGCCUACAUCCUCCGCUCCAACAUCAGUGUCGCCAUUGUCGCCAUGAUCAGGACCGCAGAGGCUGACGGGAACGGGACAGACGGCUCCACCAGUAUCUGUGGAGAAUUCAGCUUCGGAUCAACCCCUGCCAAUAAAACUGCGAAGCAAGGGGAGUUUGACUGGGACGAGACGCAGAAAGGUCGCAUUCUUAGCGCCUUUUUCUACGGGUACGUCUUCAUGCAGGUGCCAGGGGGGUACCUGGAGACCAAGUUCGGGGGGAAGAAGGUGUACGGCAUAAGCAUGCUGAUAGGUGCAAUAUUAACCCUAUUGACUCCCGUGGCGGCCAGAGUGGAUUUCUGGUUCCUGUUCUUUGUGCGGUUCUUCAUGGGCUUCUUUCAGGGCGUGAUUUUUCCCGCUCAUCACGGCAUGUGGGGGAAGUGGGCACCGCCUCUCGAACGGAGCAGACUGCUGUCCAUCACAUGCACCGGCACGAAUGUUGGAACUGUGAUCGCCCUGGCGCUCUCUGGGUACAUUACAGACCAGAUCGGCUGGCCCUGGGUCUUCUACAUCACAGGAAUUGUGGCUCUGGUGUGGUUUGUGGCCUGGAUGCUACUAGUGCAUGACUCACCUGCCGAACACCCGAGGAUCUCCGAAGAAGAACGAGAGUACAUAGAAAGUUCUAUCGGCACAAAUGUACAAGAGGAUAUCCCGGUGCCAUGGCUGGAGUUUGCCAAAUCCAGAGUUGUGUGGUGCCUUCUGAUUGGUCACUUCUGUAACAACUGGGGAAACUACACCAUGCUGACGAACCUCCCUAAUUAUAUGGACGCCAUCUUGGGAUUCAACAUUGCAGAGAAUGGCCUCCUAUCCGCCCUCUCACCUCUGACCAUCUGGGUGUUCACUGUUGCUGGAGGUUGGAUCAUUGACGUCAUCAGGUCACGUGAUAUCCUGGACACACUGAACUCCCGAAGGGAUACUGACGUCAAUGGUAAACUCGGUAUAAACAUCCUCUUCUUUCUGAAACCACUAAUGUCGGAAGAUUUUGGUCAGUUCCUUCCCGCCAUCUUUCUGAUUAUCUCUGGAUUUGUGGGGUGUGACCGCGCAGCCGCAGUGGCGAUGUUGGCUCUGUCAGCAGGCUUUGGUGGACUGUCAACACCAGGGUUUAAGAUCUGUCACAUUGAAAUCGCCCCGCGGUUCGGAGGCAUACUGUUCGGCAUCACCAACGUGUUCGGGUCCAUCCCAGGAUUCAUUGCGCCCGAAAUCAUUGGUGCUAUGACCAACAACAAUCAAACUCGAGAGGCUUGGAUGAACAUCUUCUGGAUUGGCGCAUCGAUAUACGUCUUCGGAGGGAUUGUCGUGCUCCUGUUUUUGCGCACAGACAUUCAACCUUGGGCACAGGCGCCAGAUAAAAGUAGUGCAGAUCAAGAUGUCAUCUUCCUUGAGGACGUCUCAAGUACCAGAAACCAGAGGCACAACGACGAAACUAAAGAAAAUGCUGUAUUGAUUUAGAUUAUACCAACAUAGAUAGCUUUAGGUUGCUACUGUGUAAGUAACUAUCUUUGCUAUCAUACUAUAAUAUGUACAAACCAUUACAAGGUUGGGUUUGGAGUCAUAUCUACUAACCAUGAUAGUUCUCUCUUGGUGUGUACAAACCAUUACAGUGUUGGGUUUGGAGUCAUAUCUACUAACCAUAGUUCUCUCUUGGUGUGUACAAACCAUUACAGUGUUGGGUUUGGAGUCAUAUCUACUAACCAUAGUUCUCUCUUGGUGUGUACAAACCAUUACAGUGUUGGGUUUGGAGUCAUAUCUACUAACCAUAGUUCUCUUGGUGUCCCAUAUUUGUCACAAUGCAUGCAUUGCUUCAUGCUAUUUACGUUUUAGGAGAAUGGUGUGAACAAAGGAUGUAUAUAUAUAUAUAUAUAUAUAUAUAUAUAUAUAUAUAUAUACCUUUUCGUCUUUCCCAAAUAGACCAAAGAGGUCACACAUAGCUAUAGGUGUUUGAUUUGUUCUUCAAUGCCUUUUAUUGUAAAUUGAAUGUAGCCCAAUAAGUAGAGAGAUUUCAAUAGAUUAGUAGUAUCAUACGACUCCUGAAGCAAAUAUAAACUGAAGAAGGCAAAGUGAUGAUAUUCAUUAUUUGUGAAUACUGAAUUAAAUGCUAAUUAUAUGUUUGGAA